AUGGACAAUGCAGAACUGUACUCUUUGUACAACUCUAUGCAACGUCAGGACACAGAGACCGUGUUGGCUGAGUUUACUACUAGACUGUCCUGGACAGAAGGAGAGCUUGUGUUGGAUAUUGGCUGUGGUCCAGGAGAUGUUACUGUUGAAGUACUAAUGCCUCGACUGCCUGUCUCUGCUAAACUGGUUGGAGUGGACAUCAGCAAGUCAAUGGUAGAUUAUGCCAACAAUAAGUAUUCAAAACAUCAAGUGGAAUUUAAGGCAGUUGACUUUUCAACAAAGCACAUAACAAAUUUCCUCCCAGAGCAAAGGUUUUCAAAAGUAUUCUCAUUUUACUGUCUGCACUGGAUACAAGAUCAAGAGCAAGCGUUCAAGAACAUGUUCACCCUCUUAAAGCCAGGGGGCCAUUUUCUGGUGAUCAUGGCACCGCAAAACAGCACUUUCCUGAUAUACAAGAUCCUCAGUCAGAUGGAGAAGUGGAAGACCUAUAUGAAGGAUGUCGACAUGUACAUUCCAAAAUUUUACAACUCAGCAAAUGUCUGCAACGACAUAGAGCAAAUAGUGAGGCGUCAAGGAUUAGAAAUUAUAACGCUGGAGGAACGGAAACAGACUGUAUCUUUCCCCUCCAUGGCUAAACUGAUGCGAUCGAAUGAGGCCGUAAACCCAUUUGUGAAGAGAAUGAACCAGUCAACACGAGAGCAAUAUAUGGCGUGCUUUGAGCAAGUGAUAGAAGACCAACAACUUAUCUCGGAAACUGUCACUGGGGAGAUUCUCACUCAGAACUCUCUGGUUGUCGUCUAUGGAAGAAGACCCUCACAAUGA